AUGGAGCUGGACCGUGAUUGGCCCAUAGCCUCAACCAGCUCUGCUGUUCUCUUGGUCAUGGGCACAAGAUGGACUUGUCAUGGACCUUCCCUAUUUGUGCUCUUCUGUUAUGGGCAGCUCUUGCCAUGGCUCAGGACCGAGGGUGAUCAGAACUUAGACAAGUUCUACAAUGAGACCAUGGCAAAGAUGUUCCUGCAGUUUUAUGAGCAUACCACUCAGAUUGUAUGGAACCAGUUCAUGGAGGCCACCUGGAACUAUGUCACCAACAUCACCAAGAAAAACCAGGAGGAGAUGCUGCACAAAGACUCAGAGAGGUCCCAGCACAUGCCGUACUUUGGCACUUGGGCCCGCCAGUUUAAGAUCUCCAGGUUCCAGGACCCGGCCAUGAAGCGCAUGCUGAGUAAGCUGCAGAACAUAGACAAGGCGGCCCUGCCCCAGGACGAUGCCCCCCAGUACAACAUGCUUCUGGCCUACAUGGAGACAACAUACAGCAUGGCCCAGGUGUGCCUGAAUGAGGGACCCUGCCUACCCCUGGAGCCUGACCUUGAAGAAGUCAUGGCCACCUCCCGGGAUGAGAAGGAGCUGCUGUGGGCCUGGCAGGGCUGGCAGGAUGCUGUGGGUCAUCAGCUCUGCAUCACCUUCAAGUGCUAUGUGCAGCUCAGCAACAGGACUGCAAAGCUCAACGGUUACAAAGACAUGGGGGCCUUGUGGCGGUAAGAGUCUGACACCCUGGAACACGACCUGGAGCAGCUUUACCAGGAGCUACAGCCACUCUACCUAAACCUGCACACCUACAUGUGCCGGGCCCUGCACCGCCACUACGGGUCAGAGCUUAUCAACCCGCUGGGACCCAUCCCUGCCCACCUCCUGAGGAACAUGUGGGCUCAGUUCUGGGUCAACAUCUUGGACCUGGUCCUACCCUUCCCAAAGAAGCCUUUUGAGGACAUCACAAAAAUCAUGAAAAGCCAGCACUGGAAGCCAAAAAAAAUGUUCGAAGGGGCUGAAAAAUUCUUCACCUCCCUGGGGCUGCUUUCCACCCCUCCCAACUUCUGGAAAACUUCAAUGAUGGAAAGGCCAACCGAUGGGCAAGAGGUGGAGUGCCACGCCUCUGCCUGGGACUUCUACAACGGCAAGGACCUCAGGGUAAAGAAGUGCACUGAGGUGACCAUAGAAGACCUGCUCUCCAUAUUCCACCAGAUGGACCAUAUCCAGUACUUCUUGCAGUACAAGAACCUCUCUGUGAUCUUCCGUGCAGGAGACAACCCAGCCUUUGAAGAGGCCGUGGGGUCAAUGGUCACCCUCUCGGCCUCCUCCCACAAAUACCUGCUCAACAGAGGCCUGCUCAGCCACCAGCACCAGGACUCAGAGGAGGAGGUCAAUUUCCUGAUGGGCAUCGCCCUGGAGAAGAUCGCCUUUAUCCCCUUCGCCUACCUGAUGGACCUGUUUCGCUGGAAGGUCUUUGAUGGCACCAUCCGGAAGGACGUCUACAACCAGGAGUGGUGGAACUUGAAGUUGAAGUACCAGGGCCUGUGCCCCCCCAUCCCUCGGACAGAGGAUUACUUUGAUCCUGGUGCCAAGUUCCACAUUUCUGCCAGCGUGCCCUACAUACGGUACUUCAUCAGCCUAGUACUCCAGUUCCAGUUCCACGAUGCUCUGGCCUCAGGCCAUGUGGGCCCAUUGCACCGAUGUGACAGCUAUAACUCCAAGAUAGCUGAGAAGCUCCUGGAAGAUGUCCUAAAGCUGGGCUCAAGCAAGCCCUGGCCAGAAGUCCUGCAGAAAAUAACCGGGCAGACCAAAGUGUCUGCAAAGCCCGCCCUCAUGACUUACUUCAAGCCCCUCUUGAACUGGCUGGUCACCGAGAAUGUGCGGCAGGGGGAGAUCCUGGGCUGGCCAGACUUCAGCUGUACCUUUGAAGAAAAAGACACAGACAAGGUGACAUUUCUGAGUCUGGAGCUGGACGCUGACCAGGCCAAAUUUGGGCAGUGGGUGCUGCUGGCCCUCAGCUUUGUCAUGUUCCUGGUGGCCCUACUGCUGGCCUGCAGGCUGUACUCCCUGGAAAAAAGGUCAUUGUCCCAGAACACCAAGGCACAGAACACCGGUUCACAGGACUCCAGUGCACUCAAGACACAGCCCAAGGCCUACUUCCUGGGGAUAGCCAUGGAGCCCUGCCUGGUUGCCAAAAGACAGUGGAUCCUGCUGGGCCUCUGCCUCAUCCUGACGCUGUGCUCAAUCAGCCUGAUCAUUCAAAUUCUCACACAGCACAACAGGAAGCCUCUGUGGAUGAGAGCUGAAUGGUAG